AUGCACGAGACUGAGGAGUGGUACGGGGCCAAGUUUGCAGAUCUGACGGAUAGCGCAGCCCGGAACGCGGAGGCCCUUCGCCAGGCGCGGCGUGAGGCCAACGGGUACCGACGUCAACCGCAGGCCCUCGGCGGUGAAAUGGAGGCCCUGCGGGGCACGAAGGAGUCUCUGGAGCGGCAGGUGCGGGAGCUGGAGGACGCGGUGGCCCGGCUGGAGGAGGACCGGCAGAGUCUCGAGGAGCAGACGUCCCGGCACCUGCGGGACUACCAGGAGCUGCUCAGGGUCAAGCUGGCCCUGGACGUAGAGAUCACCACCUACCGCCAGCUCCUGGAGGGCGAGGAGAACCGGUGAGCCCUCACCCCUGACCUUCGCCUCACCCUGUCCUCUCUGCGACCCCCGUCCCCAGGCCCGGACCUGCACUGGGGGUAGA